AUGUUGCUUCUUCAUGCCCAAGCAGCUUCAUUUGCAAACUUCGAGUCUUCGUUCUUGCUUGUCGACACUGGAGCAAAUGAUACUACUGUACAUUACAAGGAUCAAAUAUGGCUUUCAGAUAAACACUUAAUUUCAACCGGCAGAAGCAAGCUUAUCAAGCCAGCAAUCGAUGUUCAGCCUUUCAUGACCAGCCUCCGAUAUUUCCCAAAGGGAGCAAAGAACUGCUACCAACUCUCCCUCUACAAUCACAAGUUCUUGUUUCGUGCUGGUAAGAGUAUCAAUGUUAUACUAAUGGAUGGUGAAAUUCCUUUCAUUUCUUCCCUGGAAGCAACUUCUCUGGAUAAGUAUACUUACACACACCACCCUCUGUAUAGACUGAUGAAGAAUGGCACUGCUUUCCAUCUUCUGAGCAGAACCAACUAUGGCGGCUACAAUAGAAUAUUACCGCCAUGGUCUGGCACGGACAACGCAUGCGAAGAGAGAUUGAACAGAUACUGGACACCAAAAUCAGUACCAGGUUACCUCAAUUACUCAUUCUCGGUUGAUUCCUGCAUCGGCAUGUACUACGAGAACCGAGCUCCGGAUACUGUCAUGAGAACUUUCAUCGUACCUCCGACUGCUUCAGAUUCUAUUUUCCUGUCAGUUGAUUUUCCAACCAAUGACCCACAGUCUACGUACUUCGUGUUCUAUUUUUUAGAUGUUAAAAAGUCGCGAACUAUAAACGAAACGAGGAAGGUGGACAUUUAUAUUGAUGGGGCAUUGAAGAGUGAAAUGGAGAUAAAGGAUGGUAUAAUCUAUGUGGUGAGUUUGUAUCCAGUGCUAGUCCAAGGUACCGCAAACGUGACAAUUUCUCCGGCAAAUGGGUCUGUUUUGCCUCCUAUUCUGAAUGGCAUGGAAGUGUUCAUAGCUAGAGAUCUGUUGCAAGAGAAGAUUGAGACUAAUGACUUCGAGUCUUCGUUCUUGCUUGUCGACACUGGAGCAAAUGAUACUACUGUACAUUACAAGGAUCAAAUAUGGCUUUCAGAUAAACACUUAAUUUCAACCGGCAGAAGCAAGCUUAUCAAGCCAGCAAUCGAUGUUCAGCCUUUCAUGACCAGCCUCCGAUAUUUCCCAAAGGGAGCAAAGAACUGCUACCAACUCUCCCUCUACAAUCACAAGUUCUUGUUUCGUGCUGGUAAGAGUAUCAAUGUUAUACUAAUGGAUGGUGAAAUUCCUUUCAUUUCUUCCCUGGAAGCAACUUCUCUGGAUAAGUAUACUUACACACACCACCCUCUGUAUAGACUGAUGAAGAAUGGCACUGCUUUCCAUCUUCUGAGCAGAACCAACUAUGGCGGCUACAAUAGAAUAUUACCGCCAUGGUCUGGCAUGGACAACGCAUGCGAAGAGAGAUUGAACAGAUACUGGACACCAAAAUCAGUACCAGGUUACCUCAAUUACUCAUUCUCGGUUGAUUCCUGCAUCGGCAUGUACUACGAGAACCGAGCUCCGGAUACUGUCAUGAGAACUUUCAUCGUACCUCCGACUGCUUCAGAUUCUAUUUUCCUGUCAGUUGAUUUUCCAACCAAUGACCCACAGUCUACGUACUUCGUGUUCUAUUUUUUAGAUGUUAAAAAGUCGCGAACUAUAAACGAAACGAGGAAGGUGGACAUUUAUAUUGAUGGGGCAUUGAAGAGUGAAAUGGAGAUAAAGGAUGGUAUAAUCUAUGUGGUGAGUUUGUAUCCAGUGCUAGUCCAAGGUACCGCAAACGUGACAAUUUCUCCGGCAAAUGGGUCUGUUUUGCCUCCUAUUCUGAAUGGCAUGGAAGUGUUCAUAGCUAGAGAUCUGUUGCAAGAGAAGAUUGAGACUAAUGGUGGAUUGAAGAUGAUUUAUUCUUUCAUUGUUGUUUUAGGGUUUCAUGUGUUCUCUUUCCUCAUUUUGUUUGCUUGA